AUGGAUAUGGACAGCAAUAUGUCUGGAGGCCCUGGCCUCACGGAUGCGGGCCUAAACAUGUCAAAUUAUACAGCUGCCUCGGACUUUCUUGCUGCGCUUCUCGACGACACCACCCUGCAACAGUCUGACUAUGCCAUCGCUAGAGCUUUCUGGUACGGUAUUGUCAUUGUUAUUGUGCUGACAGGCAUGGUUAACUGGGUUGAAUGGGGCCUACUGAAGUUGCGGUUACGUGUAGCCGCAGCAAACCUUCCGCGAUCGAGAAAUCCUUUUAACUCGGUUGUGCCCUUCCUAGCUUGUUGCACGGCUGUGAUUCGAGAAGUUUCCUACCAUCAGAUCACCCCCACAAACUCGUGGCUUCGUAUACCAGCAGUUGGAUCAAUCCUGUUGAUUGUCAUAUAUUUUGGCUACAUCAUGGGAUUGCAAUUCUUCGAUUGGAACUAUCCCGGUGCUCAAUACUGGGAGGCACAGGGCCUCCGCGCGGCCUGGCUCACAAUAGCUCAAUUCCCACUUCUCCUUCUCCUUGCUGGGAAGCGGAAUCUGAUCGGAUACGCAGUAGGCGUGUCAUACGAGCGACUGCAAGUUCUGCACCGCUGGGUAGCAAGAGUCAUGCUGCUGACUGCUACAAUUCAUGGUGGUGUUCAAGCCUAUGGAUGGGAAAAAUAUGAUGUGAUGGAAAUUGAGAUUAGCACUGAUAGCUGCAUUCCUACCGGCUUUUCUACUUGGAUCCUCUUACUCUGGCUCGUCUUUUCCGCAGCUGCUCCAAUUCGCAACUGGCGUUAUGAGAUAUUUGUGGUUCAACAUAUAAUCACUUUCAUUGGAUUCGUCGUGGGCAUUUUCCACCAUUUGCCUUCAACGGCCUUGAGCUCAAGGAUAUAUGCUUGGAUCGGAAUCGGUCUCUUCAUCUUUGAUAGGCUGGUCCGGACCCUUAUCUACGCUUUUAAUAAUAUAAAGCCCGCAAACUCCACCCUUCAUAGCCUCUCAGGAGAUGUUACGAAAGUUCGGAUAACUGCUCCCCAGAUCAAAAAAUGGAGUCCAGGACAGCAUGUCUUUCUAUCUAUUCCUGAGUUGGGAUUUGGUCAAUCGCACCCGGCGACCAUUCUGUCUGUUCCCUUAUCCCAUGAUAAUGAUCUGGUGCUCAUCUUGCGAGCUCACCGAGGCUUCACCCAGCGGUUGCUCCGCUUGGCCAAAUCAUCUUCCGCGGACCUAUCUCGGGGGGUUCAAGAAAAAGAGAACGCUAGAAAGGAGGACGCUGUUCAGGAAAUAAAAGAGAAGUAUUUUUCUCUCAUAGGCGGACCUUAUGGGGGAUCACACUCCGACUUUGCGGCAUUCGACACCGUCCUACUCAUCGCGGGAUCAACUGGUGUUUCAUUCACUCUACCAAUACUUCUCGAUAUUGCUCACAGGUCAAAAAAUCAGAGGCUUUCAGUUCGCAAAAUAGUGUUUACUUGGGUCAUAAGAACCAUUUUGUGCAAAGAGUGGAUUGCAGACGAGUUACAACAAGCAACCGAAUCGCUGCUCAACGUUGGAAUUGAAAUUGAAGUGAAAAUUUUUGUGACCUGUGAACUUGAUCCGACAGAAUAUUUAACGAAGAAAGCAGGAUGCAAUUGCAGGAAAGUCGAAGGGCCGUGUUGCUGUACUGAUUUAGGUAUUGAAAAGCGCCAAAAUGCUUCCAACGCACUAAUCACCCAAGCGAGUGGUGAUUUAGACAUCGAAGCAUGUUCAUCCAAAAGUAUACCCCAAACGCAAACAAAAACAGGCAACGCGUUUCGAUCUCCCUGCUGCACGAUCGAGUCUGGCCGGCCUCAGCUGAAGCCUCUUAUCUGGGACCUACUGGAUUAUGCCAAGGGAGAAACAGGUGUGGCAGUGUGUGGACCGCCGGGCUUGGUGAGCUGUGUUCGGAACACCGUUGCUACCGUUAGUGAGCAACGUGGAUCAAACAAAGGGACUGGCGCUGAAGGUGUGUAUCUACAUGCAGAGAGUUUUGCGUGGUGA